GGGCUGGAGGAGAGUAAAGGGCUGUGUUAAACAGUUUCUUACCGUAAGAGGGAGUUCAGACCUAGAUCCUUCCAGUUAAUCACACAACAAACUUAGCUCAUCGCAAUAAAAAGCAGCUUCGAACUGACCGGCUCUUGGAAGCACUGAGCGCGAACAGGACUGCCUCAGCCAGGCACCUCCAGCAGUGGGAUCCGCCAGCCCCGCCAGAGACAACAUGUGGAUGUCCAGACUUGUGCCAGUCCUGCUGUUGCAGUACGUCCUGCUGCGUCUCCUGCUGCUGCCCAUCGCCAUCCCUUAUGCAGAGGGACAGAAGAAAAGAAGAAAUACGCUUCAUGAAUUUAAGAAGUCAGCCAAGAUGACACUUAUCAAAGAAGACCCGCUGUUGAAGAUAAAAUCUAAAAAAAUGAACAGUGCUGAUCAAUGUGCCAACAGGUGUAUUAGGAAUAAAGGACUUCCAUUCACUUGCAAAGCCUUUGUUUUUGAUAAAACAAGAAAACGAUGCCUCUGGUUUCCUUUCAAUAGUAUGUCCAAUGGAGUGAAAAAGGAGUUUGGCCAUCAAUUCGACCUUUAUGAAAACAAAGACUACAUUAGAAACUGCAUCAUUGGUAAAGGGGGCAGCUACAAAGGGACUGUGUCCAUCACUAAGAGUGGCAUCAAAUGUCAGCCCUGGAACUCCAUGAUCCCACACGAGCACAGCUUUUUGCCUUCGAGCUAUCGCGGUAAAGACCUACAGGAAAACUACUGUCGAAAUCCUCGAGGGGAAGGAGGGGGACCAUGGUGUUUCACAAGCAAUCCCGAGGUACGCUACGAAGUCUGUGACAUUCCUCAAUGUUCCGAAGUUGAAUGCAUGACCUGCAAUGGGGAAGGUUAUCGAGGCCCCAUGGAUCACACAGAAACAGGCAAGAUUUGUCAGCGCUGGGAUCAUCAAACUCCUCACCGGCACAAAUUCUUGCCCGAAAGAUAUCCUGACAAGGGCUUUGAUGAUAAUUACUGCCGCAACCCCGAUGGCAAGCGGAGGCCGUGGUGUUAUACUCUUGACCCUGACACCCCCUGGGAGUACUGUGCAAUUAAAAUGUGUGCUCACAGCGUUACGAAUGAGACUGAUGUCCCUAUGGAAACAACUGAAUGCAUUCAAGCUCAAGGAGAAGGUUACAGAGGGACCGCCAAUACCAUCUGGAACGGAAUUCCUUGUCAGCGUUGGGAUUCCCAGUACCCGCACCAGCACGACAUAACACCUGAAAACUUCAAGUGCAAGGACCUGCGAGAAAAUUAUUGCCGCAAUCCAGAUGGGGCUGAGUCACCCUGGUGUUUCACCACUGACCCAAACAUCCGAGUUGGCUACUGCUCCCAGAUUCCAAAAUGUGAUAUGUCAAGUGGACAAGAUUGUUAUCGUGGGAAUGGAAAGAAUUAUAUGGGCAAUUUAUCCAAAACGAGAUCUGGACUGACAUGUUCCAUGUGGGAUAAGAACAUGGAAGACUUGCAUCGCCAUAUCUUCUGGGAGCCAGAUGCCAGUAAGCUGACCAAGAAUUACUGCCGGAAUCCCGAUGAUGAUGCCCACGGCCCCUGGUGCUACACGGGGAACCCUCUGAUCCCUUGGGAUUAUUGCCCUCUCUCCCGCUGUGAAGGUGAUACUUCUCCUACAAUAGUUAAUUUAGAUCAUCCUGUAGUAUCUUGUGCCAAAACAAAGCAGUUGCGAGUCGUAAAUGGGAUUCCAACUAGAACAAACAUGGGAUGGAUGGUUAGCUUGAAACACAGAAAUAAACAUAUUUGUGGAGGAUCAUUGAUAAAGGAAAGCUGGGUUCUCACGGCCAGACAAUGCUUCCCUUCCAGAAACAAAGACUUGAAGGAUUACGAAGCAUGGCUGGGAAUUCACGAUGUCCACGGAAGGGGCGAUGAGAAGCGUAGGCAGGUUCUCAAUGUCUCACAGCUGGUGUACGGGCCGGAAGGGUCCGAUCUGGUUUUACUGAAGCUUGCGAGGCCUGCCAUCCUGGAUGAUUUUGUUAGUACAAUUGAUCUACCAAAUUACGGAUGUACAAUUCCUGAAAAGACUGCUUGCAGUGUCUACGGCUGGGGCUACACCGGAUUGAUCAACUCGGAUGACCUGCUACGAGUGGCACAUGUCUACAUCAUGGGGAAUGACAAAUGCACCCAGCAGCAUCAAGGCAAAGUGACUUUGAAGGAGUCUGAGAUAUGCGCUGGGGCCGAGAAGAUUGGAUCAGGACCCUGUGAGGGAGAUUACGGUGGCCCACUUGUUUGUGAACAACAUAAAAUGAGAAUGGUUCUCGGGGUCAUUGUUCCUGGCCGUGGUUGUGCUGUCCCGAAUCGUCCGGGUAUCUUUGUCCGAGUCGCCUAUUAUGCAAAGUGGAUACACAAAAUUAUAUUAACGUAUAAGGCGCCUCAAUCAUAACUGAAGUGUGUCUGAGGUAUCCAUCAACAC